AUGGUGGCUGUGGUGAAAAAGGGUAACAGCAAGCCUCGAAACAAAAUGGCAUCCUCGUCCGCCUCGGCGCCGUCGAAGGGGGAGCAACUGCCGUCGCACGCAAAGAAGGUCAAAUUCAUGUACCAGGGCGGCAAUUACUCCUUUGACCUUAUCAUUGGCGAGGACACGACUGGGGGCGGAAAAGCGCCGGUUUCCGGGCUCUGCAAGGUCGGCGCUUUGCAAACCGCGUUGGAGGGCUGGAUGUCCCCGGUACAGCUGAAGUACACACUGUUUGAGUUUACACCGCAGUACGAAGCUGGCGGGGCAAAUACCAGUAAAAUUGGUCAGCACACGACAUCUUCACAUCCGUCCAGCCUGCCGAUGAAGGCGAUCAAGGGUCCCCCGAUGUUUACCGUGGAUCUGAGGCGCCACAGCGAGCACGUGUUUACCGGGGACUGGGUGCACGAGCGGGGGAACACCCUGAGUAAGUACCAGUGCGCGCUGGUGUUUGAGCGUGUUCCGGGGAGUUACUUCAAUCUGUUCGACAAGGGGGAGCGCGUCGUGCUGACCUCCGGAAGCACGCCGUACAACCAGGGCAAGAUAACCCGGGUUUUCUACCACAGCAUCCCGGACUACUUUUACGAGGUCGAGCGGGAAGCAGAUGGGUCGUUUCUGGAAGUCGGGGAGGGAAAGCUGGAGUUUCCGAAGCUGCAAGAAGAUGCUUUUCGUGGAGGGAUAAGAUGAAUAUUCAGCUACUUGUUUUUUUUGUCGUCAUGAAUGCACGUGCAAGUGGUGGUGACCAUGUAUGAAGUUACCAGGUUUCAUCUAGUUUGUUUGACAUCGAGUGGCGGUUUUUGGGGACAAAAAUGCACAUUGUCUUUUUUGCGAUGAACAAAGCAAAACAAGUGGAAUUCGAAUUUUCCUGUUCAAUGAUUGAGAGCGUGA